GUAGUGUAAAUGGGAUAUGACACAGACAUUGAAGGCGUACAAAUAAAAACAAUCCGAGAAACUCUUGCGGAAACGAUUAAACAGUCAUAUUGUACACUAGAUUGGACAAGAAAACAGCAUUGUAAAAGGAUACGACAAAGUAGCUGACCGCAAUGGAGGCAGUGCCUCGAAUGCCCAUGAUAUGGCUCGAUCUGAAAGAGGCAGGGGAGUUUCAGUUCAGCCCGUCUGUUAAGCAGUUCAUCCUGAAGAACUAUGGCGAAAACCCGGAAAACUACAAUGAGCAACUGAAGAAGCUGGAGCAACUGCGCCUGAGCGCCGUCAAUGUGACGCGGGACUUUGAGGGCUGUAGCACUCUGCGGAAGUACUUCGGCCAGCUGCACUACCUUCAGAGCAGGGUGCCCCUGGGGUCUGGCCAGGAGGCUGCUGUGCCAAUCUCCUGGACUGAGAUUUUCUCUGGAAAGACGGUCACUCAUGAUGACAUCAGUUAUGAGCAGGCCUGCAUUCUCUACAAUCUGGGCGCUCUCCACUCCAUGCUUGGGGCUAUGGACAACAGGGUGUCUGAGGAGGUCAGUCGGAGUUUGAAUCUAGGGAUGAAGGUGUCCUGCACUCACUUCCAGUGCUCAGCUGGAGCCUUCUCCUACCUUAGGGACCACUUCAGCCACAACUUCAGUGUGGACAUGAGUCACCAGAUUCUCAACCUCAACAUCAACCUCAUGCUGGGACAAGCGCAGGAAUGUCUUCUGGAGAAGUCCAUGCUGGACAACAGGAAGAGCUUCCUUGUGGCACGCAUCAGUGCUCAGGUGGUGGAUUACUACAAGGAGGCAUGCCGGGCGCUGGAGAACUCCGACACGGCCUCGUUGCUGGGGAAGAUCCAGAAGGACUGGAAGAAGCUGGUUCAGAUGAAGAUCUACUAUUUUGCAGCCAUUGCCCAUCUGCACAUGGGGAAACAGGCAGAGGAGCAACAGAAAUAUGGUGAAAGGCUGGCGUACCUGCAGAGCUCCUUGGACAAGCUGAGUGAAGCGGUGAAGUUGGCCAAGGGUCAGCCAGACAGUGUGCAGGAGGCCUUGAGGUUCACCAUGGAUGUAAUCGGGGGAAAGUUCAACUCUGCCAAAAAGGACAAUGACUUCAUUUACCAUGAGUCUGUGCCCGCACUGGACACGCUGCCCUCUGUCAAAGGUGCCCCCCUGGUGAAGGCCCUGCCGGUGAACCCCACUGACCCCAGUGUCACCGGUCCUGACAUCUUCUGCAAACUGGUGCCCAUGGCUGCCCAUGAGGCUUCCUCUCUCUAUAGCGAGGAGAAGGCCAAGCUGCUGCGGGAUGUCAUGGCCAAGAUUGACAGCAAGAAUGAGACUCUGGAGCAGUUCAUGGACUCUCUCAGUCUGGACCCUGACACUGUGGAUAACUUGGACAUGUACAGCCACAUCCCCCCAGUGCUAAUGGAGAAGUGUGCAGCCCUGAGCGUGAGGCCUGAUACGGUGAAGAGCUUGAUCCAGUCCAUGCAGAUGCUCUCGGGGGUGUUCACGGACGUGGAGGCCUCGCUGAGGGAGAUCCGGGACGUCCUGGAUGAGGACGAGGCGGGCGAGCGGAGCCUGGAGGACGCGGUUGGGAAGCAGACCACGCCCUCCGCUCCUCACACCCUGGCGGAGCUGCGCCGGGACCUGGACAAGUACCUGGAGGCCCACGAGAAAGCCAGCUUCACCAACACUGAGCUGCACCGAGCCAUGAACCUGCACAUCAGCAACCUGCGCCUGCUGGGGGGGCCGCUGGACGCCCUGAGGGAGGCCCUGCCCCGUCCUGAGCUGAGUGAAGAAGAGGUAGCGGGGCUGCAGUGCAUGAAGCGCAUCUUGGGGAAAGUGCAGGAGAUGAAGGACCAGCGCAGCUCACUGGAGAAACAGCUGCGAGACCUCAUUCACCAAGACGACAUCACCGCCGCUUUGGUCACCACGGAGCGCGCUGACAUGAAGAGGCUAUUUGAAGAGCAGUUGAAGAAGUAUGAGCAGGUGAAGGUGUACAUUGACCAGAACCUGGCCGCGCAGGAGAAUAUUCUGAAGGCUCUGACAGAGGCUAACGUGCAGUACGCUUCUGUGCGCAAAGGCCUGGCAGAGACCGAGCAUAAGUGGAACAGCACGGUGCAGACCCUGGUCUCUUCUUACGAGGCUUACGAGGACCUGAUGAAGAAGUCACAGGAGGGGAAGGAGUUCUAUGAGGACCUGGAGGGAAAGGCCUCGCGGCUGCUGGAGAGGGCCAGGGCUCUGUGCAAGACUCGGGACGAGGAGAGGCAGGCUCUGCUGGAGAGAGAAAUACAGAAGAAGACACCGCAGCGGCCCACAGCCCCCAAGCCUCCCCUGCAGAAGAAGGCCUCCGACAUGGACCCGGCCUCCAGCCUGGAGGACCCAGAGCUGGCCCAGCUGAGCGCGGCCAUCCUGAGCCUGGGGGGAGACCUGCCCGAGGAGCUGCGCAGCAUGCCCCCUGACUUCUCCUUUCCAGGCGGGCCUCGCCCCCCCGGCCCUGAAGCCUUCCGGGGGGCCAACCCUUCCCUCCACUGGCCACGCUUCCCCCCUCACCUGCCCCCUCCAGAGGUCCUGGCUCGACUCCCGCGCUUCCCUCCCCCGCAGCCCCAGGGCUUCCCCCCCCACCUGCCCCAGCAGCAGCCGCAUCUGCCCCAGCAGCCGUUUGCCCCGGGCCCACAGCACCCCACCGUUUCCAUCUACGGGGUGCCACCACCACAGCCCCAGGCUGGCCCACUAGGGGGAGCAAUCCCCAUCCGCCCCUCUACAACCACGGUGGACAGCGUGCAGACACCCAUCGCCAGCUACACCCCUGCCCCAGGGCAGCCCGCGCUUCGGGGGCCCAUUGCCCGUCAGCCUAUACCCCCCGUGUCUGGAGGGUACGCAGUGCCCUCACAGAUGGGCCACUUCCCCCAGUAUCCCCCUCAGCCCGGGGUACCCGUACACCCACAGCAGCCUUUCUCCCAGGUCCCCGGCCAAUUCCCUCGAUACCCGGCCCCUGGCCCCAGCCCCACCCCUGCCCGGCCCCAGCAGCCCUCCUGUGGGCCCCAAGGACCCCUCCCUGCUCCUCAGCCCCAGUACCAACACUACAUGCCCCAGGCCCGACAGCCGGUGCCACACCACUUUCAGCAGCCAGCAUAUCCAGGGCAGCUCCCCCCUCAGGUGCACCCUGGUCUGCCCCCCCAGCCCCAGCCAGGGUACAUAGUCCCAGCUUCUCUGGCCUCACAGUCCCAUAUGAUGGCUGGCCCCCUCCCCCCACGACCUCACCUACCCCCUGUUUCUCAGACACAGUUACCCCCUCACGCCCCUCAUCCACAAAUGCCUCCUGUCUCCCAGGCUCAGUUACCCCCUCAUCCACAAAUGCCCCCGGUCUCUCAGGCUCACUUACCCCCUCACCCACAAAUGCCCCCGAUCUCCCAGGCUCAGUUACCCCCUCAUCCACAAAUGCCCCCAAUCUCCCAGGCUCAGUUGCCCCCUCAUGCCCCUCAUCUACAAAUGCCCCCCACUUCUCAGGUCCAGUUACCCCCUCACGUGCCUCAUCCACAGAUGCCCCCGGUUUCCCAGGCGCAGUUACCCCAUCACGCCCUUAAUCCUCAAAUGCCCCCCACUUCUCAGGUCCAAUUAGCCCCUCGUGCCCCUCAUCCCCAAAUGCCCCCAGUCUCCCAACCCCACUUGCCCCCUGGUCAGCCACUCCUCCCCCAGCCCCCCAUGCGCAUGCCCCAGCAGCCUCUCCCCCCUCACUCAGGGCCGGUGUGCUACCCUGGCAGUGCUCCCAUGAUGCCCCACCAGGCCGCACCAGGGGCCCCUCAGCAGCCCCAGGCACUCCCCCCUGCUGGCCCCACGAACUACUCCACCACUCCCCCUCCGAACGCCGCUGUCCAGGCUGGUCCCUUGCAGCACCCCGCCCCGAUGGCCCCACCCCCGGGACCCCAGCCCCUCCCACAGCACAUGAUCCCCCCCUCCCCUUCUGCUCCAGUGGCACAGCCGCCCAACAUUGUCCCCCCCUCGCCGACCCCCUCGCCUGCCCCGUCGCCAGGACCCCCCUCCCUGGGGCUGAUCCCCCAGAGACCCUCCCCUGCCCUCACUCCCGUGGGAGGGGCCCACCUGCCCCCGGCCGCUGCCCCCUCCUCAGCCUCGUCCUCCCCUCCGACCUCCUCCGACACUCUGUUCCAGCGGCAGACCUCCAGCACUGACGACCUCCUGUCCUCCAGCCCCGAGAGCCAGCAUGGGGGCACCAAGGCCCCCGCCAACGUGCUGCUGCCCACCAAGGCCGACCCCCAGGACGGCCAACGCAGGAAGAAGCAGGAGGCCGUGCGGCUGAUCGAGGGUGACCCGUACCAGGCGCCCGAGCGGGUCUCGCGGCUCUGCGCGGAGCUGGAGCGCUUCCGCCAGGCGGUGCAGUCCCUGGAGCAGCCUCAGGCGGAGUCGGGGGCCCUCUCUGAGCUGGACGCCCGCUGGAAAGAGCUGCAGGACCAGCAGGAGAAGGACGCCCGGCAGCUGUCCAUCGCCAUCGCCCGCUGCUACAGCAUGAAGAACCGCCACCAGGACAUCAUGCCCUACGACCGCAACCGUGUGGUCCUGCAGUCGGGCAAGGAUGAUUACAUCAACGCCAGCUCCAUCGAGGACCUGUCACCUUACUGCCCGCGCAUCGUCGCCACCCAGGCGCCUCUGACGGGCACUGCAGCUGACUUCUGGCUCAUGGUGUAUGAGCAGAAGGUGUCUCUGGUUGUCAUGCUGGUGUCUGAGCAAGAACUGGAGAAGCAAAAGGUGGUGCCAUACUUCCCUUUGGAGCGGGGCCAACAACUCUCCCAGGGGCCCAUCACCCUGACCCUCACUACCCAGAAGACCACGCCCACUCAUGUGGAGCGCAUGAUCGGUCUGCAGUACCGUGACCAGAGCUUGAAGCGUACGGUCAUCCACCUGCAGUUCACAUCCUGGCCCGAACUAGGCCUUCCAGACAGCAAAAGCAACCUGAUCCGCUUCAUCCAGGAGGUCCACGGGCACUACCUGCACCAACGCCCUCUGCAUACGCCCAUCGUAGUGCACUGCAGCUCUGGCGUGGGCAGAACUGGUGCCCUCUGCCUGCUGUAUGCGGCACUGCAGGAGCUAGAGGCGGGGAACGGCAUCCCAGACCUGCCGCUGCUGGUGAGGAAGAUGAGGCAGCAGAGGAAGAACAUGCUGCAGGAGAAGCUGCACCUUAAGUUCUGCUACGAGGCUGUCCUGAAGCAUGCUGAACAGGUCCUCCAGCGCCAUGGUGUCUCUACCACUCCCUGCAGCAAGAGCACCAACAGCACAGCCCCAAAGACUUACUCGCGGCAGGAGUCCCAGGACAUCGUUCUUGGGGGUGACAUGCCAAUCAGCUCCAUCCAGGCCACCAUUGCCAAGCUGAGCAUCCGCCCUCCCAGUGUCACAGAGCAGGGGCUGGAUUUAGGCCAGGAUCUGCCCCCUCCCGCCUUGGCUGAUGUCCUAAUUCCAGGAGAUGCAGAGCCCGGCACCCCAGAGCCCACCCCCAGUGAGCCCCUGCCCCUCUCUCUCAGCCCCCCACCCUCCUCUCCCGAGAAGGCCCACUCCCCUCCUCCCCCAAACCAGGAGCAUGGCAAUGGGCUGGACGGGCAUGGCCCCACCCCUGCCACUGCCAAUCACCAUUCUGAUCCCGCCCAAAUGCCAGCUCCAGCCCUGCCUCCUGCACUAGGCUCCUCCUCCUCCUCCUCUUCUUCCUUGGAGCUGCUGGCCUCCCUGACACCCGAGGCGUUCACGCUGGACAGCGCCUAUCGCGGGAAGCAGCGCAUCAACAAGCAGAGCUUCCUGCAGCCACACGAGGGCCAGGGCCUGCAGGGGGCACCGUCAGAGGAUGAUCCGCUCAGCAGCCUGGAUCCACUCUGGACACUGAACAAGGCUUGAGUCGGCCCCAUAGGUUCAGUCCAACUUCACUCUUUCUCUCGCUCUUUGCCUUUUAGCACAUGAUUGGUCCAGAUCUGUUAGCCCACUAAAAUCACCUAUACGCCUGGGACCACUUCAGUGUCUGUCUGUCUGUCUCUUUCUGUGUCCUAAAGAGUCUUCUUCCAGCUGUGACCGCCAAACACAAUCCCCCUCCCCCCACCAUUUUGAGUGGGCCCACUCGCAUCAUGUAUCCCAGCAUGCUUUCCCGCUACAGCAACACAUCGUCUCUGUACUGAGGGCAUGUGCAUGCACAGCCGCAGCACGCUUCCUGCCUCCCAAACACCGACAGUUUGGGGCAUGGGACCCCACAGUGUUCCUUUCACCAAAGCUGCUUGAUGAUGACGGUGACUGUAGAUCUCAGACAUCUGGGAUGAAGAAGCUUGGCCAUUGCAUCGGUGUGCACGAAUGAUGAUGAAACGGAGGGGAGGGCUUCCAAUCCCAUCAAGGUCAAUGGUGCAAUCCCCGAGUCCACCUGGCUUCCUGAAGCUCGCCUAUUUUAAUAGUCACUACACACUGACACUACAGCAAUCCACUUAUGAGCGGUUGAAAUUGCGUUGAUCUGUAUGUAUGUAGAAUGGAAGUGUAGUGGGUAAUGAGAGAGGCCAUGUAUUCUCACUUUAAUGGUGUCACACACAUGUAAUCGGCAGACCUUGAAUAAUAACACACCUUUUUAAUGCAGUGUCUAUUUCCCUCCUUUCUGUAACAAUGUAAAUACGUCUUAAUUAAAAUAAACCUCCUGGAACUCA